UGGUGAGCUGCGUGCGCGCGUGCCCGUCAGUGAACCUUCCAUUCAUUUGUUGUCGGCUCAACUGCCCCCUCCCCUUUAACAGCUCGAACUGAAGCUACCGGGCUUAUCCCUUUAACUCAUACUCGACCCUUAUUGCUCGGCUUUUCUGAAGUUCAGCGGAGUCAACACGGAGCUGGUAAGGCAAGUCUGUUUCUAAAGCGAAACGUUUACUUAUCAUCUUCUUUACCGGAUCUUUCAAAAGUAUCGAUCCUUCUCUUCAGUUCUGGGUGGUUAGCUUAGCUUCGUUAGCUGUUUCCAGUUGGCCUUGUACCCGUUAAAGCUCCAGUCAGCUAACAGUGGAGAAGAUAUAUAAACUCACCCGGCCAUCAGAGUCCCGCUCCGUGAUGUCCCCCUCAGUGUGUUGACGCUGAGCUUCCCUGACGCUGUGCAGAGGGAGGCGGCUGGGAGCUAGCGAGCUAGCAUGCAGCACUGGCCCGGAGUCUCCAGGAGGCGGCGCUGCUGAGAGGCGAGAGGUCGGCGCUGAGUGUUGGGUCUGCCGAGCCGGACAUGGACGACUUCACCACCAGGACGUACGGCACCAGCGGCCUGGACAACAGACCUCUGUUUGGGGAGACGUCGGCACGGGAUCGAAUUAUCAACCUGGCAGUGGGGGGAUUCACGUCUCUGGUCGUUUUAGUGACUGUUAUCAGCUCUUUUGUUUUCCCCGCGUUGCCUCCACGACCACUUAAUGUCUUCUUCGCCGUGUGCAUCCUGUUAGCAUGUGGAUCCGCUAUAGUGCUGAUAUACUGGUACCGGCAGGGCGAUCUGGAGCCUAAAUUCAGGAAUCUGAUCUACUACAUGCUGGCGUCCAUCGUGCUGCUGUGUCUAUGUGCCAACCUCUACUUCCACGAUGUCACGUAAAGACGAAGACAAUGGGAGGAAGAAGAAGAAGGGAAGACAUGGCCUUGACACACGGAAGGGAGGACUACAAGAAGAGACGGACUCAUCACACACACACACACACACACACACACACACACGCACACACACUAACUUGAAUGAAUCUCCCACAAUGUCCUGCAGCAAACUGGAAACAUUCCUGGACCAAAAAAAGACAAUGAAGCUUCAUGGUUCCAGUGGGAUGAAAACUGUUGUUGGUGCUGAAACAUGAUGCACUGCUGCACACACACACACACACACACACACACACACACACACACACACACACACACACACACACACACACACACACACAGACGUAUAACAUCACAGUGUAGGGAUCAUGAUGUACUGUUAGAGGCCAUAAACCUGCCUGGAGACACACUGCUGCAGGAGGAACCAGGUGUGUUUACGUGCUCAUCCACAUUUACAGUCAUAUCCUCCUCACAAUAACAAGCACUUAAAAAAUACAUUGGAUUUGGUCUGACGGUGCAACUGUUAAAGGAAAAAUCUGCUCUUUUAUCAUGUUAGUCAGUCUCAUCUUGUCUGUCUAAUGUUGUAUUUUACAUGUUUUUCUUCGCCCUCAAACUGCUGAUUAACUAUAUUUAUAUCAUGAUAAAACUGUCAGUAACAAAAGGGUUAAGUUUGUUUGUAAAGACCAAACUUCACAAUCAUUCCAAACACAAAAAGGACACGUCUUUUGUUUUAAUGGUGCAUUCAGGGUCAGAAAUAUCAAAUCAGACCAAUAAACAAGCAACUUUAGGGUGUAAAUAAUAGAAGAUAGACACAUGCUUCAUACUAAUACUAUAAAGUAUUUAUAUAAUAAUAUAAAGAAUUUGUAUAACUUCUUAUUGACUAAGAAUACUUUUAUAUGAUACCAAUAUUUUCAGCACUUCAAGCGUCCAUAAAUGUCAAACUUCGCUUUUUUGUAAUAUUUCAAUGCAUUGUUUAUUUAAUAAUCUUCCAGAAGAUUGUUUACCCAAGAGUCCAGUGCACAUUUUUAUACUUUUUAUACAUUAAUUAAUAAAUAACUAAGAGACACAAAACUCAAACAAAAAAACAAAAAGGAAAAAAAAGGUCAAGUCAACUUCUCAGUGAGAAGGAUUUAAAAUGUUUUCAAAAUCUUUCUGGAGCUGGAUUCAUUAAAAAAUCAAGUUUUUUUUAAAAGUUUUUUAAAAAUUUAAUAUAGUAUGUUUGUUUUUGUUUGGCCGCUACAGGCCUUUACAUAAAGUUAUUUAUUAUAAUACUUUGUGCAUCCCUUUAAAAAAACUCUCACAUGUAAGGAUAAAAAUGUCUAUUCCUAAAACUGCAAUAAUACUAUAUAAUAUGUAAUAUAAUAUACAUAUA